AUGGGUAUUUGCUACUCAUGCCUUGGCUAUGUUCGAGAUGAAGACUUUCCUGAAGAGAAUGAUCAUUCGCAAUUGCUCUACAACGGCCCUCACGGACAGCUUUAUGGUAGCUUCGGCGACAUUAGCGCUGAUAGCUUAUUUGAAGAUCCUAUAGAAGUUCAACGCGCGAACGAGGCUUUACAAAACAUUGUAUCACAAACAUCAGAACACUUAGUUGACAUAUUUGCCAUCACUCCUCAAGACCUACCGUUAUCGAUUCCUACCAUACACUUUCCCGCCCGAGAAGCUCAACUUUCUCAAUUUAGGAAUAUAAUAUCUAAGCUCCCUCUUGAAGAGCCUAGUAAUGGAUCUUACAACAAAGUCUUUAACUCUCAGCCUUGCAGCUAUGAUGCUUGGAUGUCUGAUGAGGAAAAUGAUGAGAAAUCUGAAAACUAUCCAACUGUUAAAUUAAAAGGAAUAGGAUCUCUAUUAGGGAGGUUUGCAGAUUACGAUUCAGUUAAUCCAUGA